AUUUUAAAUGACAAUACAUUUUGCGUAAAAGUAUCUAGACCUGUCCCAUAUUAUUUUCAAGUGGUUUUCAGUUCCAUCAGCUUGAGAUAUUGGUUCCUCUUGUCUUAAAUGAACCCUCCUGAUGACAUGGUUGGACCCCCUGGUAAGUUUGGGCCGGGUGGUCCAUUUCCCCCUAUGCCAGGACUUCCUCCCCGUGGACCACCUCCUAUUGGUGGGUUUGGCGGAGGACCACCACCCUCUUUCAUUCCACCCCCCAUGAUGCCCGGGGAUAUGCAUCUGCCACCAAGACCUCCUAUGGCUCCCCCAUUUGGUCUACCUCCACCACCAUUUGGUUUUGGGCCUCCUCCAGGAGAAGCACCCAUACCAACAGACACUCCUGAAAGUCCAGGAAUCUCUUCAGCUUUGGGGUCAGUUUCUGAUGAAGGAAAAGACAAAAAGAAAACUGAUUGGACUGAACACAAGGCACCUGAUGGAAGGAUUUACUACUACAACACUGCCACCAAGCAAAGUCUUUGGGAAAAACCCAAUGAACUUAAGACUCCUGCUGAACUGUUACUCUCCCAGUGUCCAUGGAAGGAAUACAAAUCAGAAACCGGGAAGACAUAUUACCAUAAUGUGACAACCAAAGAAUCACGGUGGACGAUUCCUAAGGAACUGGAGGAUCUCAAGACCAAAAUUGCACAAGAAGAAGCUUUAAGUAAAACAUCAAUGUCUAAAGGAAGUUCUACUACUUCAACAAGUCAUUCGAGUUCGUCGUCUGCCCUGGACCAGGCAGUGGCGGCUACCCUAGCAGCUAUCAGUAUUCCUACUCCUCCAGCCAAUAUCAACGAGGACAGCAUGUCAUCUCUGAAGUCUGCCUCGGAUAGUCGAACUAGCACACCAGAGCCCAACAAACUGGUCUACAAGGAUAAGAAGGAAGCUAUUGAGGCUUUCAAGGAACUUUUAAAGGAAAGAGAUGUCCCUAGUAAUGCGUCUUGGGAACAAGCUGUCAAGCUGAUUGCUUCCGACCCUCGAUAUCCACAUCUCAAACACCUAAAUGAGAAGAAACAAGCAUUUAAUGCUUACAAAACACAGAAACUCAAAGAAGAAAAAGAAGAACAAAGGAUGAGAGCUAAGAAAGCCAAAGAAGACCUGGAAGAGUUUUUAAUGACCACUGACAAAAUGACAUCUACAACUCGUUAUUAUCGAUGCAUGGAAAUAUUUGGGGAACUAGAUCUUUGGAAAAAUGUACCAGACUCUGAGAGAAGAGACAUAUACGAUGACUGUGUGUUCAACUUAGCCAAGAGAGAAAAAGAAGAAGGAAAAGCUCGUAAAAAGCGAAACAUGCGCCAAUUGGCAUCCAUAUUGGACGCCAUGUUGGCCAUUGAUCAUCGCACAACAUGGCAAGAAGCACAACAGAUGCUGUUAGACAACCCCAACUUUGUCGAUGAUGCUAGUUUACUUGGUAUGGACAAGGAAGAUGCACUAAUAGUUUUUGAAGAUCAUAUAAGAGAAAUGGAAAAAGAAGAAGAGGAAGAAAAGGAACGAGAAAAGAAAAAAGUGAAGCGGCAGCAGAGGAAGAACAGGGAUAAUUUUGGCAUGUUAUUGGAUGAACUCCAUGAGCAAGGCAAGCUGACCUCCAUGUCUCUCUGGGUGGAGUUGUACCCUAUCAUUAGUGCAGACCUCAGGUUUUCUGCGAUGCUGGGACAGCCAGGCUCGACGCCGUUAGAUUUGUUCAAGUUUUACGUAGAAGACUUGAAGUCGAGGUUUCAUGACGAAAGAAAAAUUAUUAAAGAAAUCCUCAAAGAGAAAGGGUUUGAUGUUGAGGUAUCCACUACUUUUGAAGAGUUUGCGACUGUAGUAUGUGAAGACAGAAGAUCAGCCACCUUAGACGCUGGUAAUGUGAAGCUGACGUAUAAUGCUCUUCUGGAAAAGGCCGAGGCGAGAGAGAAAGAACGCCAGAAGGAGGAGAACCGUCGUCUGCGCAAGCUAGAGUCUGCAUUCCGUGUGUUGCUGCGAGACUUAGACGUGGACUAUCACAGCAAUUGGGACGAGCUGCGGGACAAGCUGGCAGACCACGAGGCCUUCAGAGCCAUCGGCAUAGAGUCUGAACGUCUCAGGAUCUUCAAGGAAUAUCAACAUGAAACAGAAGAAGCCUGUAAUCAUCAUCACUCGAGAUCGAAGAAGUCCAAGAAAAAUAAAAAACAGAAGAAGAGAUCUCGCUCAAGAUCUGGUGGGUCGGACAGUGACUCAGACAGAGGCCAUUCAAAGUCCAGCAAGAAGCGAAGACACAGAUCCAGAAGUGACUCUGAAAGUUCCGACUCUGAUCACAAGCGGAAAAACAAAAGAAAGAAGAGUAAGAAGAAGCGAGGUAGUCGCAGCCCCUCGCCACCAUCAGGAGCUUCGGAUGAAAUGAAAGCAGAAAAAGUUAAAGCGGCCGAAGCGGAAAUGCGCAAGGCCAGUGGAAAGUCUGAGGAACUGAGUGACGAAGAGCUGGAACGUCGAAGGAAGGCUCUCCUAGAACAGCUCAACGCCGAGGCCGAUUAGGCCUCCUCUGUGUUCUUGUAUAUACAGAUUUUAACAACUAACCUUAAAUUAAACAAAGAAAUAAUAAAUGGCUAUUGACAUAUA